AUUGUCCUCGUUAUCCAAUUCGUGCUACAAAAACAAUGUCUUUACUCCGUGCUAGUGGUGGAUAUAUCCCUUGGCCAACAAUGACAUAUAAUAAUAAACAUUACGAUACAUUUUUACAGAGGACAUUUUCAAUAUUAUCCGGUGAAAAAAAUCUUAAUCCAGACGAACAUUUGUUAUCCGGAUCAAAAGUCAAAUGUUCAAAAUGCAAAUUGCUAUACGUAUUUCUAUUAAAAGCAGAUGAAGAUAGACAUAAUCAAUGGAUACAUGCACCAACAGCGAAACUUAAAAGAUCUUCAAUUCGAGUCAAUAAAAUCGUAAAACGAAAAAGACUCUCUAUUUCACGUGAAUAUAAAUUAAGACGUUCAUACUAA